AUGUACGCAAUCUUGCAAACGGAAAAGGCACGAGCUAGUCACCUUGGAACUAUAAAGGCCUAUUUGUCGGCUAAGUACGGUUUCGAGAGUGAACGAGUGGUAGAUGUGAAGGGGUUGAUCAAAGUACAAAAGGAGUCUUUGAUUAAAAAGAUCAACUUAAAAGUCCUUCACAAGACCCUCUUCCAAGCUUUGGACAAUCCGCAUGUUGACGUUAAGUCGUCAACGACUUGGCUAAGAUAUGGAAAUAAUUCCCCUCGAUCCAAAGGAUUAUUUACCUAUCUGCAAGAUCGAAACUUUUUCUGGAAUCGAUCUAAGGUCUGUCCUCAUUGUAAAUUGAGGUGCCUGUCCGUAGACCACAUAGCCACGAAAUGCGGUAGUAUGCUUUACCACGACUAUACGUGGAGGCAUAACGAGGUUGUACGUAGUUUACACUUAAUGCUGUGCAAUAAGUAUGGGAUUAGACGUUCCAGAAAGUUGCGAACUCAUAAAGUGCAGUCUGUGGUCGAGAAUGCCAGAGUAUGCCUUAAAGUGGAUACUAGUAUUCACACCUCGAUACUUGUCCAGCACAAUAAGCCGGACAUUGUGGUACAAGAUAAGGUCUCUGGCGAGAUACUUAUCAUAGAAGUUGGCAUCACAUGUCUAGAUCGUUUGACCACGGUGGAAGUGGAAAAGAAGCGUAAGUACGACCUUCUUGCAAACGAGCUUGGGUUGAUGCACAGAUGCAAGUCCUUGUCAUUCCUUGCGUGA